AUGCCCAAGAAAAGUGAUACAGCAAAAUUAGCAGAAGUGGGUAUAGAGAUUGAUGACAGCAUUGAGGACGACAAGAAAGGCAAAAGUAAAGGCAAAAACGGUAAAGCAGCUGCAGGCAAACAGGGCAAAGCAGCCGCCAGUGAGGACGGAGGGGACGAGGACGAAGAGGCCGAGCCUCGUAAAGGCCGCAAGGCAGCGAACAGAAAGAAGGCAGUUCCGAGGGAGGCGUCGGAAGAUGACAGUGAUUAUGACAUUCCUCCGAAGAGAUGCGCAGGGAACCGAAAGAGAGGCAAGCCAGCGGGAGGAAAAAACAAGAGAGGCAAAAGUUCCAAGAAGAAGAGCAGUAGGUAUGGUGGUUUAGAAACAAAAAAAAAUAUUGGAAAAUUAUUAUUGAAAAAAAUAUAUAACUAAAUUGUAAAAAAAAAAAACUUAAAUCGGAUCAAGGGGGGGGAAGAGGAUGAGGAGGAGUCCAUGUCAGAGGGGGAGAGAGCCCGGCUAAUGGAAGAGGUGGAGGAAAAGAAGAAGCUGAUCGCUAACAUUAGGAGCAAGCCAUGGCGGAUGAAGAGGAGACUCAAACACCUCAAGGAAGCUCAGGUGUUUGUCGAUAAGUUUGAAGGUGCCUUGGGCAAAGGGAAGGGCAAGAAACUAUAUGCUUUCAAAGUCAUGAUGACGAAGAAAUGGAUCAAGUUUCAGAGAGAUUUUGACAAUUUCAAGACAGCCUGCAUACCCUGGGAACGCAAAAUUAAAGAGGUUGAAAGUCACUUUGGUUCAUCAGUUGCCUCGUACUUCAUCUUCCUCCGCUGGAUGUAUGGCAUGAACCUCGUUCUCUUCAGUUUGACCUUCGGCCUGAUUGUGAUCCCUGAGGUUCUCAUGGGCCUCCCGUAUGGUUCUAUUCCUCGAAAAACAGUGCCACGAGAGGAACAGGACACUGCAAUGGACUAUUCAGUUCUCACAGACUUUAGUGGUUACUGCAAGUACUCUGUGUUAUUCUAUGGGUACUAUAAUGACCAGAGAACCAUUGGCUUCCUGAAGUUCCGCCUCCCUCUGUCCUACCUUUUGGUGGGCAUUGGGAACUUCGGGUAUAGUCUGAUGGUUGUGAUCCGAACGAUGGCUAAAAACGCAGAUGUGGGGGGUGGGGACGGCGAGGACAGCGAGUUCACCUUCGCCUGGAAGAUGUUCACAAGCUGGGACUACCUCAUCGGAAACGCAGAGACGGCUGACAACAAGUUUGCCUCCAUAACCACGAGCUUUAAGGAGUCCAUCGUGGAUGAACAAGAGAACCAGAAGGAUGAGAACAUCCACCUUAGGCGAUUCCUGCGUGUAUUGGCUAACUUCCUCAUUACCUGCAUCCUGGGGGGCAGUGGGUACCUCAUUUACUUUGUGGUCAAACGCUCACAAGAGUUUGCUGGGAGGGAUGACCUGAGCUGGUAUGAGAAAAAUGAGAUGGAGAUUAUAAUGUCGCUACUCGGACUGGUGGGCCCAAUGCUGUUUGAGACUAUCGCCGAGCUGGAGGAAUACCACCCCCGUAUUGCCCUCAAGUGGCAACUUGGACGCAUCUUUGCCCUUUUCCUUGGUAACCUGUACACCUUCCUGUUGGCUCUGUUCGAUGAGGUCAAUGAAAAGCUGGUGGAGGAACAGUCCAUAAAGAACGCCAGCAUAUGGUUCAUGAAGGAAUAUUAUGCCAACUACAGUGCAAGUAACCCGAACAUGACGGGCACGCCGCCCCCUCUCGACCCUGCUGAUGUGAUCCGUGGCCCGUGCUGGGAGACAACAGUGGGGAUAGAAUUUGUAAAACUGACCAUCUCAGAUAUCCAAGUGACGUAUCUGACCAUCCUCAUUGGGGACUUUGCGAGAGCUCUGAUUGUGCGCUUUCUUAACUAUUGCUGGUGCUGGGACCUGGAGGCAGGCUGGCCCUCAUAUGCCGAGUUUGACAUCAGCGGCAAUGUCCUCGGAUUGGUCUUCAAUCAAGGGAUGAUUUGGAUGGGAGCAUUCUAUGCUCCGGGUCUAGUCGGCAUCAACGUCCUCCGUCUUCUGACCUCGAUGUACUACCAGUGCUGGGCCGUCAUGGCUUCCAAUGUGCCUCAUGAGCGAGUCUUCAAGGCUUCGAAAUCCAACAACUUCUACAUGGGUCUCCUUCUUCUCAUCCUCUUCCUCAGCCUGCUGCCUGUCGUCUACACCAUCAUGUCCCUGCCGCCGUCCUUUGACUGUGGGCCCUUUAGUGGCAAAGACCGGAUGUUUGACGUGAUCAUUGAGACGAUAGAACUGGAUCUGCCUUCGUUUAUGGGGAAGCUGUUCGGUUACGCGGCCAACCCCGGACUCAUCAUCCCAGCUGUGUUGCUCAUGGUUCUGGCAAUUUAUUAUCUCAACUCGGUGUCUGAGGCCUAUAAGAACGCCAACAAUGAACUUAAGAAGAAAAUGCAAAUGGCAAGAGAUGAGGAAAAGAACAGGAGGAAUAACAAAGACAGCACCAAUCAAGUCAUGAAGGAUUUAGAGGAUUUACUACCCAAAAGCGCGAAUAUGCAGAAUUCAGAAGAACAAGCAGGUCAAAAAGACAAACAUGGUGGAGGAAAACCAUCAAAAGUGAAGCCAGGAUCAGCUGCGAAUGGUGUGAACCUGCAGAAAGACAUAUCGCUGGCAUCAGCAAAUCCACACGCUCGAGGUCCUGUGAACCGAGCACCAGGACCCAGGACAGCUGGGCCUCUGCCUGGGAACCCCGGGCCAGCUCCAGGGGCAGGACAUCGCAAGGGACAAUAGCACUAGACACUAGCACUAGACACUAGCACUAGACGCUAUCAGACUACUUCUUAAAUGCUGAAGUGAACUCUUUAAUAUAGCUUUCUUUCUAAAACUGUUUCAUUAUUUUAACUUCUCAUUACAUGAAGUGUACAGUUUAUGAGUGAUUGUGUAGUAUUUUGAAAUAGGUUUUCUGUUUUUUUUUAAAUAUCUAACACAAGUAGAUUAU